AUGGCACCUCCUUCAUCCAUGAUGCAACCACAAAUCAUCCUUUUAAAAGAAGGCACUGAUACAUCUCAAGGCAAAGGCCAACUUCUCUCCAACAUCAACGCCUGUGCUGCCGUUGUGGACACUGUCAGAACUACAUUGGGCCCCAGAGGUAUGGAUAAGCUCAUGGUCGACAGCAGAGGCCAAGUGACCAUCUCCAACGAUGGUGCCACCAUCAUGAAAUUACUGGACAUCGUUCAUCCCGCCGCAAAGACCUUGGUUGAUAUUGCUCGCUCUCAAGAUGCUGAGGUUGGCGAUGGUACUACUAGCGUUGUUUUGCUUGCUGGUGAAUUAUUAAAGGAGAUCAAGGGUUAUAUCGAAGAAGGUGUCAGCCCUCACGUCAUCAUCAAAGGCUACAGAGCUGCUGCCCGUUUGGCCAUUAACAAGGUAAAGGAGUUGGCUGUCAAGAUUGACAAGAACAAUGAAGCUGAAUUCCGUGAUUUACUCUCCAAAUGUGCUUCCACCGCCAUGAACUCCAAAUUGAUCUAUUCCCAAAAAGACUUUUUCACAAAGAUGGUUGUUGAUGCUGUCAUGUCUUUGGACCAAGAAGCCUUGAACGAGCGUUUGAUCGGUAUCAAGCGUGUUCCUGGUGGCGCUAUGCAAGAUUCCGUGCUUGUCAAGGGUGUCGCUUUCAAAAAGACCUUUGCCUACGCUGGUUUCGAACAACAACCCAAAUCAUUCAAGAACCCCAAGGUGCUCUGUCUCAAUGUCGAACUUGAAUUGAAGGCUGAAAAGGACAAUGCUGAAGUCCGUGUGGAGGAAGUGUCUGAAUACCAAGCCAUUGUUGAUGCUGAAUGGCAAAUCAUUUUCCAAAAGUUGGAAGCCAUCGUCGCCAGUGGUGCCAAGGUUGUCUUGUCCAAGUUGCCUAUUGGUGAUUUGGCCACUCAAUACUUUGCUGACCGUGAUAUUUUCUGUGCUGGCCGUGUUGCUAAGGACGAUAUGGAUCGUGUUGUUCAAGCAGUGGGUGGUUCUGUCCAAUCCACCUGUUCUGAUCUGCGCUCUGAGCAUUUGGGUGAAUGUGAGUCAUUCGAGGAGAGACAAGUGGGUGGAGAGCGUUUCAACAUCUUUGAAGGCUGUCCUCAGGCAAAGACCUGUACUCUUAUCCUUCGUGGUGGUGCUGAGCAAUUCAUUGCCGAGGUGGAGCGCUCUCUUCACGAUGCCAUCAUGAUUGUCAGACGUGCUAUCAAAAACAACUUGGUUGUUGCUGGUGGCGGUGCUACCGAAAUGGAACUCUCUAAAUACCUUCGUGUUCAUUCUCGCACGAUUGAAGGCAAGCAGCAACUCAUUAUUGGCGCUUACGCAAAGGCAUUUGAAGUCAUUCCCAGACAGUUGUGCGAUAAUGCUGGUUUCGAUGCUACUGACAUUUUGAACAAGUUGAGAAUGAAGCACGCACAAGGCGGUCUUUGGUACGGUGUUGAUAUCAAUAAUGAAACUAUUGCAGAUAAUUAUGAAGCAUUCGUUUGGGAGCCUGCACUUGUCAAGACCAAUGCCAUUGCUGCUGCUACUGAAGCUGCUUGCUUGAUCUUGUCUGUCGACGAAACUGUAAAGAACGCUCAAAGCGAAAAGCCUCAAGCAGGCCCAAUGCCCGGUGGUGGACGUGGCCGUGGUAUGCCCAGACGAUAA